AUGUCCACCAGAUCACCGUAGUCGUCCUGAGGGAAACGGUGAAACCCGCAGUGUGGCAUCUUCAACGAUCCGACUUGCACUUUGCGACUCGCACCUCUAAGUAACCUACCUCGCAGCGGACCAGCCAGCCAGCCAGCCAGCCAGCUUACCCACCAAAUACCAACGAUCGAGGCUGGCAGGAGCUUUUUUAUGAUUAUUUUGGUGUGUUUUUUUCCUUCGUGAAUAAUGCCUCUCAUUACUCGGCGAUUGAGAAGCAGAUCAGUCAUCCUUUCGCUUCCAACCAAUGCAGACACGUGUGAUCCCUCUCUUGGCGGACAAUCAUGAUUGACAAACAGUGAUUGAUGGACUAAGCUUAGAGUGAUAGUUUGAACCAAGACACUAACCACACGUACACUUGUAGUGUUCGUAUAACAGACCAAGAAAAAAAAAUUAGUCUCGUCAUGAAAGUUCAAAUCCCAUCAUCAAAAGCCGUGCCAGCCAGGCUGCCUACCUUCCUCGUUGUCUUAGUGUUCCUCGUGUGUGCCAUCAAAACUCAAUCCACUGAGUGGCCGGUCUAUUUCGAGAAGCUCGGCUUCGUCCACUCCAUCCAUAACAAAUGGGACUUGGCUCUCCGAGUCCACAUCGAUCUCCCGAGUCUGGAUCGGCGAUUGACCAAGUUGGCUCAUCGCCUCACCAUUUUAGAUACCAACUUCCAAGAUCCCGAGGUUCGGUCCACGCCCCCCACAUCCAGAUACCGGCCUUCUCGUCUGGAUGACCUCAAUCGAUCCUGGAAAGACCAGAACUCUCAUUUGAGCAAACGAUGCGAAAUCUUGUUAAGAAGAGCCCGGGACUUGCGAGAGUUGGGUCAAAACAUUAGCCUGAGACGACGCCGUAGUCAAGAGGCUAAUCAGGGCGCCGGUCAGCAUGCUCGUAAAAAGCGUCAAACGGUGGGCGAAGGCAUUCUCAAGAGCAUGUUCGGCGUGGCGUAUACCAAUGACGUGCAUGAAGUCAAGACCCUCGUCAACGGCGUGGAUUCCCGACUUUCUAGCAGUAUCAACGGCGUGCGCUCGCUGACUAACAGCCUCAAAAGUUCUUCCGAGGCCAUGCUGAGGCAGCAUGAUUCCGAACUGACCCAUGUUGAAAACAUGGCCCGAUCCUUAGAGCGAAAGGUGAUCAACAUGGAAACCAAUCCAUUUAUGAAGACAUCGAUUAGUGACUUGGUCCAUGUGCGGAACGAGGCGUACAAGAAAAUCGCCCUGGAAGUGGAUCUGGCCGACGAGCGACUCGUUGAGAUUGAGAGUAUCGUCACCGCUCUUGGGUCGGGUCGUCUCAGUAAGAGCGUAAUCUCGCCCAAGAAGAUCAGAGAGACCUUAUUCACCAUUGAGGAACAAUUGCCGGCCAAUUUCAGCCUUCUCUACACCUCGGAAGAAGCCCUUUGGCCUUAUUAUUCCGUCUUAGGCACGAGUGCCAUUUUCGAUUCCAGCUUGGCAGACGUGGUGGUGACCGUGUCCAUUCCAUUGGUGGACAAAUCGUCCAUCCUCGACCUCAAUCGAGUUCACAACCUCCCGCUCAAGGUCAAAGACGGAUACUCAGUGAUAGCCGACAUUGACACCGAAUAUUUGGUCACCGACCAGUCCAAGCGAUACUUCCUCGAGCUCUUCAAAGAGGACUUCCAGGACUGUCAGGUGUUCCACACCGACCAUGGGGAGCAGUUCUAUUGUGGGCUUCAGCCCAUGUUAAGGGCGGACAUGGCACGGUCGUGCGUGAUGCAGCUCUAUCAAGGUCUCCCUGAUCCCGCGUGGUGCCAAUCGCGGCUCAAGCACGGCUUAGUCCAGCCUUUUACCCGCCUCUACAACGGCUCGUGGAUCUUUGCUGCCUUGAAUGAUCAGGUGCUCGUUAGGCUCGAGUGUCCCGAGGAGACCACGCCCACGGGAUUGGUGGGCUUUGGCGUGAUUCACCUGGCCGAAGGCUGUACCAUUACAAGUGACGAGUUUUGGUACGCUCAUACUCAAGCGGGAAUGAUGGAGAUCAACAUUCGAUUUGGCAAGGAGUUCGACGACCUCGAUCAGGAGGAAGACCAGAAAGAUCCACAGGACUACGACAUCAGCAACUUUCAGGAUGACGUGAUGUUCUCGGAAUCCAACGACGCUCUGGAAGCCGUGGUUGUGGGUUCGGAUGAAAGUGCGACAACAUCCCUUACCAAUAGCUCGGUCUCCCCCACAUCCACGUCCACACUUUCUUCCGCGGUAUCCGAGGAAUCGCAAUCAACAGAUACCACGCCAGACUCUAACGCCACAACGAUAACAGUAGAAACAUUGUCGUCGUCGCCGUCCUCGUCGUCGUCGUCGUCGCUAUCAUCAUCAACACCAGAAACCACAGCAACAGCCUCAACGCCCACAACCGUCGAAUCGGAAACCCCGCCAACCUCGAUCGGUGGCGAAGGAGAAGGACUAAACGAAGGCGUGGAUGAUGUGGAAGGCGCGGACGCUUUGGAGGUGCCCGAUCCCAAAACUCAAAAUGAUGCCACCACCAUUUACAAGAACAUCAUUGUAAAACUCAAAGACACGUUCAAUUCCAGAUGGGUUCUGGCUCGAAAAUAGUCGAAAUAUGUCAAUUUGUUAUAGCUUCUCCUCCUUUCUUCCCUCGUCCAUCUAUUAAUGUGGCCCAUAAAGAUAUACAGAGUUAAUAAAGUCAUUGUGAUUGUGUUUUA